CAGGGGGCGGGAGGGGGAGAGGUUGUGGUGCUGAGUCACCAUUGAAUGGAACUGAGAAUAGGAAAAACUAAGGAAGAAACCGUCUAUUCAAUCUGGGCAAAAGUCUUACUGUUACAGAAACUCUCUUCACAGGUCCUGGCAACAUCCUCACCGUCGCCGACGAUCUUCUGAAAAACAAUGGCCAAAAAUUCCUUGAGAUGAUGGAACAGCUGGCUGAACGAAGGAUGCAGCGUGAGGAGGAAGCCGUAGGUGACCUCGACUCGGAAGAUGAGGAAGACAAGGAUAAGGAGGAUGGCAGUGAGGAUGAGGAGGUUCUAGAAUCGGAGGAUGAUGAUGAGGAUCUGGAUAGAAGAAGGCAACGGAGGAUGAAGGUAGCGAUGAUGAAGAUGAUGAGAAGGAUGAGGAAGAUGGACAACGAAGAAGGGGAGGUUAUGACGGAAGAGCAGAAAAUGGAGGAAGGCAAACAAAUGUUCAGUAUCUUCGCCCCAUGUAUGUUCGAGCAGAGGGUUUUCACACCCUAUCGUGAAAAGGUCGCCCAAGAUGCGGGAGCUCGAGGACGAAGACAAGAUCGCUCAAGAAACGUGAGGUUAAGAAGCAGAAUGUGAACCAGGAGACAAAAGAUAAGAAAAAGCAACAGGAGCUCGCAAAAGAAUCUGAAAAGGCUCGUCGGGACGCCGAGAAACCCGCCUCCACCAACGCCGCCAAAGCCCAACAAACUGCUCCCGAGGAGGAACAGCGUAAGAAGCGCGAAGAACGUGUGGAGCGUGAAGCCCUUCGCAAAGCUCAGGAAUUCGAAAAGGCAAA